CUCGUGCACGUCGCGCUUUCAAACACACGUUCGCCGCGAUCCUGUCCGUCCCGUUGCUCGCGAGGUAUCCGGCCGGAUCUCUUGAUCGGCGAUAUCAUCGUCGCCUUUCUCGGCGCGCGAUCGUGGACGUGGCGUUAUCGUCCCGGUGAAUCGACGGAGACGACGGUUAAAAGUUCGAGGGUGGACGGAUUCGAGAUAUAUCGCCGAAGCGUGCGCGCCGGCGAUAUCGCGGCGCGGCGGCGUGUGCCGCUGGAAAUUUUAUCAAUACCUCGGCGGUCAUCUAGUCUCGCUUUGGCAGUCGUUCGCGAAAAGUUACGCGCCGUACGGGGGUUGACGCCGAGCCAACCGACCGACCGACCGAUUAACCGACGACGAGAAUUGACGGAAUAGAAAGAGCCCGAGGCGAUUGACAACUGCGAGCAUGGCUACGGAGGGCGGUUUAGCACCGGAUGCGGCUGCAGGUGCAGGCGCGGGCACCGAUAGCAUCGUCGGCGGUCCCAGGACGCCCCAGCAGAUCGCCUCGCAGAAGCGGCUGCAGGCGACGCAAGCGCAAGUCGACGAGGUCGUCGACAUCAUGAAGACGAACGUCGAGAAGGUCCUCGAGCGCGAUCAAAAGCUCUCCGAGCUUGACGAUCGAGCAGAUGCACUCCAACAAGGAGCGUCACAAUUUGAACAGCAAGCAGGAAAAUUGAAGAGAAAGUUCUGGCUACAGAAUCUAAAGAUGAUGAUCAUCAUGGGUGUCAUCGGACUCAUCGUACUGGCCAUUAUUAUCGCGAACUUCAUGUAGGCGCGCUGAUUGGUGGAAGAGAUUUGUGUGUGAGUGAGUCUGAAGCGAGCGUCACCGGCGGCAGCAAUACGCAAAAUUGAGCGCGAGAGUAAGAGCUAAAGUUUAAAUAACGCAACAACAACCACAACAGCAACAAAAAGAAAAGUGAAAGGAGGAGAGGAAACGAAGGAAGAAUAAGCGGCGGCGAUUGAAGAGGGUAAUUCAUGAAGAGGAGGUAGUUUUUGAAACGAAAGGAUAGAUAGGGUGAAUGAUGAUCUCGUGAGACGGAAAUUGUGAUGAGCCGUUGACGAGCUCUGCCGAAGUUCUUCGUGACGUAAUUCGCGUCGAAUCGAUUAUGCGCGAAAAUCGAUCGAACGAUCGCCUUGGAACUCAUCGCGAGAAAGGAGGGAGGAUGACGACGGAUGAUCAAAAGCGGAGGACGUUAAUUCGAGCGAGAGCGACGAAGAGAGUCGUUGCGAUGAAACUUUCCUUCGUUACCCUUUGUAAUGUUUUUUUUUUUUUUUGAUCCAGCAGGAGAAAUCCAUAUUGAACCGACUGUGUCUCCGUAUCUCGCAUUAUAAACAAAGAUUGCGCACGAUAAUUUACAUUUGCACGAAAUUCUGUCAGGAUUUUCAUUAUUGCCAUAUUAUACUAUUACUAUUUUUUUAUCUGUAACAAUUUCAUUACAAUUGCGAUUGUUUCGUAAAUUGUGCAUCAUACACGGGAGAUGUUGAUUUAUCUCUUAAGUUUCGGCAAAUGCGAAAUUCAGCUAUGCAUCCUUUAAAUUUCGAAAAUUUUACUCGAGAGAUAUUAUCACAGCGGAUCUAAUUCGCGACUAACAAUAAACGCGAUCGAUAAGUCCAAAUAUGUUCAUGGCGCUUUCCUUUAUCUAUCUUUGUUAAUCAGAACUGUCCGAGAAAAGCGGCAAGAGAUGAAAAAUACUGAGAAAAAAGAAAAGACAAUUAUUGUGUAAAAAAAAGCGCGAAAUGUUUGCGAAGGAGAAAGAAAGAUUCGUUGCAGCAGCGACAUAUAAUAUAUAAAUAUAUAAGAUAUAUAUAUAUGUAUAUAUAUAGAAAUAUAUAUAUAUAUAUGUAUAUAUAUGUAUGUAUAGAAAAAAAGAGAUAGGAUGUUCGUAAAAAUCACCACGUAAAAUCUCUCCGGCGAAGGCAGUUGCUGUAGUGCAUGUUUGCGCACACGUACAAAUGAAGCGCUCAUGAUGUAUAUCGAGACAUUUACUUUAUAGAUACGUAUAUGUAAAUCAUCUAAACUGUAAAUAAUAUGUCAUUUGUCAUAUUAUUGUCCCUCACGCGCCAUUUAUCGAAUUGUGUAUUGGAUUGAUCAGUCCAUUCUAAUUAUAUCGAAGAAAAUCACACGCGUCUUUUAUUCCCUUAUCUUGCAUCUUGCGCUUUUCGCGAAUUACAAACAAAGGAACGGUGGAAAGGAGGGAGAGAAAAAAAAAAAAAAAACAAACAA